AUGGGGAAUCACUGUGGAAAAGGUUGUCACCCACGCCUCGGAGACUACUCCAUCAGCAAAGGGUUGCUGGUGACUCGCGGAGAAGACGAUAUACGCAGACACUACAAAAUCGGCAAAGAGCUGGGGUCUGGGUCCUUCGGGCAAGUGCGAGAGUGUACUAAGAGAGAUACGAAUGAAGUGUUUGCAGUGAAAAUCAUCGAGAGAAAAAUGACUGCGAAGGAAAAAAUGAUUCCGGGACGUCCCUCCAACGAACAAAUGAUGCGUUCCGAAGUCAACAUACUCAAGAUGCUUGACCAUCCGCACAUAGUUAAAUAUGUGGAUUUCUUUGAGGAUCGAUAUUUCUUUUACGCGGUAUUGGAGUUGCUUGCUGGAGGGGAGCUCUUCUAUCGAAUUGUGAAGAGAACGAAGUUGACAGAGCAAGACGCCUCUAACUUUUGCAAGCAGAUGAUUUCAGCUCUUGCGUAUUUGCAUGAGCGUCAGAUAGUGCAUCGUGAUAUUAAGGCAGAAAAUUUUAUGUACAAAGGACAAUCCCCCGAUGCGGUCGUGAAACUCAUCGACUUUGGCAUGUCCUCGCGACUUCCGGAGUCCGGGUAUUUAACUGAUCUUUGUGGGUCGCCGCACUACAUAUCUCCAGAGUUAAUAGAGAGACACUAUGGCUGCAGUGUGGACAUGUGGGCGUUCGGCGUGAUGUUAUUCCUCAUGCUUUUCGGGAGAUAUCCAUUUGAAGGCAGUAAACCUGCGCUUAUUGCAAAAGAAGUUCAGACGAAGGAUAUCGACUGGACGACGGAGGAGUGUUUACAUCUUACCGACUCCUGCAUCGACUUUGUGAGUCGCCUACUCGACAGAAACCCCAAGACGCGUCUUACUGCCGCACAAG